AUCUAAUGGCCUUUGUUUUAUUCGCUGCAGUUGCUCGUCUCUGCCUGAAGGGGGCGGAAGUGCGCUCCACUUCCUGAUCCGGGAGGCGAAGAAGCGUGUACGCUUGUUUAUCCUCGCUUUUUAUCUCGAGCUGCACAUUUCAAAGUUUUCAGACUGUGGUCCUGGAGGGUCCUGUGUUCUGGGUUUCUUGAACUCGACAUGUACUGCGACCACCAGAGUUAAUAGUAGAGUAAAUAGGGACUGUUAGAAGGACGGACUAGAGUUUGGAUGUUCUGAACGUCUUGACGUGGAAAACGCUGUAUUUCCUCGAAGGCUGCAGGUCCAGCGGGAUUCAAACCAUGUCGGACGGACGGAUCUACGUGGGAAACCUUCCCAUGGACGUCCAGGAGAGGGACAUUGAGGAUCUCUUCUUCAAAUACGGAAAAAUUCGGGAUAUUGAGCUGAAGAACAACAGGGGCACCAUCCCGUUUGCCUUCGUGCGGUUUGAGGAUCCACGGGAUGCGGAGGACGCCGUCUUUGGAAGGAAUGGAUAUGGGUUUGGAGACAAUAAGCUGCGUGUGGAAUAUCCACGAUCUUCCGGAUCCAAAUUUAGUGGACCUGCUGGAGGAGGAGGAGGAGGAGGAGGAGGAGGGCCGCGGGGACGGUUUGGACCUCCGUCGCGCAGAUCUGAGUUUCGUGUUAUUGUGACGGGGCUUCCUCCCACCGGCAGCUGGCAGGAUCUGAAAGACCACAUGCGUGAGGCCGGAGACGUGUGUUUCGCAGACGUGCAGCGUGACGGCGAAGGUGUGGUCGAGUUCCUCAGACGAGAGGACAUGGAGUACGCUCUGAGACGCCUGGACAGCACAGAGUUCAGAUCCCAUCAGGGAGAGACGUCCUACAUCAGAGUGAUGGAGGAGCGCGGCACAAGCUGGGGUCGCUCACGCUCCCGCUCCAGGUCUCGAGGACGAUACUCGCCCCCGUACCAGAGCAGAGGGUCACCGCCGCCCCGUUACCGAUCGCCCCCGCGUCACAUGACCCGUCAUAGCCCUCCGUCCCGCCGAGCGCCGCUGCAGCAUCACAGCCCUCCGCCGCGACACUAUCGAUGAGCGGCUGCCUCUCCACAGCCACACCCCCUUUUUCUUUCUCAAUUUUGUAAAUUACAUUCCACUGUAGGAACCUGAAUGGCCUUGUUCACCGUUCGGUUCACGGAGAGCUUGCGGAUAUGUUAAUGAUCACGCGGAUGAUGCUGUAGAUGUUUACAGAUGUGGUUAUGAUUGUGAAAGAUCUAUGAAUAACCCGAUUUGUCCUUUGUGAUUAUUGACAUGAGGCAACAGACUAAAAAUGUGUUGUUUAUGAUUAAUCUGGUCCAUUUCAUAGACAAUGACUUUUAUUUUUUUUUAUGAUUUGAGUAAAAAGAUGCCAUUUUAAAAUGUUUUUUUUUUUUUUCUGGAAUCUCCCCAUGUGAUUUAUUUUUUUCUUUUUUGUUUUGUAUCGUGAUUGUUUAAAAACACCUUUUUUUUUUUUGCAAUUAAAGCAUUGAAUCAAAGUUA